CAUUGAAAAGAGAAAAGGUUGGGGGUUAGUGGUCCGAAAAUUGAAGCCAACUGAUGACCACCCACCCUUGGCCAUUCUUGUCAAGUGAAGAGCAGAUGAUGAUGAGGACCUGGAAAUGCACUUCUUCUCCUUCUUCUGUUUUGCAAUUGCGUCUCCUUCUACUUGGUAACUCCCAUUCUUUCUCUUCUCUUCCUUUCUUCUCCUUUUCUGUUUCUCCUCCUCUUUUCUUUUCUUCUUUCCAAUCCCCUUUUUUCUCUACCUCUUCCUCCUGUUUCAAGAAAUCCAGGUAUGGGUUUCACAGGAUUGAUGAUGCCUUGGAUUUGUUCAAUCACAUGCUUCGCACCCGUCCCAUCCCUUCUAUUGCUGAAUUUACCCAAUUAGUUAGUGCCAUUGUUAGAAUGAAGCAUUAUGAAACUGCUAUUUCUCUGUUUGGACAAAUGGAAUUAAUUGGAAUCAGACAUGAUGUUUAUAGUUUCAGCAUCUUGCUUAAUUGUUUUUGUCGCUUGCAUCGAACGGAUUUUGGGUUUUCGCUUCUGGGAAAAAUGUUGAAGCUGGGUAUUCAACCAACUACCGUUACAUUUACCACCCUCGCCAAUGGGUUGUGUAUUGAAGGUAAAAUAGCUGAAGCAGUGGUGUUGUUUGAUGACAUUGUCAGGAAUGGCUACCAAACUAAUUUGAUUACUUAUAGUACGAUAAUUAAUGGUCUUUGUAAAGCAGGAUACACUAGUGCGGCUAGUAGAUUGCUAAGGAAGAUGGAACAAAAUAACUGCCUAAUCGACAUAGUGAUAUACAACACAAUCAUUGACAGUCUUUGUAAGGACAAGCUUGUACCUGAGGCUUUAAACCUUUUCUCUGAAAUGACAGGUAAAGGCAUUCUGCCAAAUGUUGUGACUUAUAGUUCCUUAAUUCAUGCUAUGUGUAAUUCAGGUCAGUGGAAGGAAGUUACUAGAUUAUUGACUGAAAUGGUUGCUAACAAUUGCAAAUUAGAUGUUGUCUCUUAUAAUAUUUUGGUUGAUGCAUUUUGCAAAGAAGGGAGGGUUUCAGAGGCUUGUGACAUUGUUGAAGGAAUGAUUCAACAAAUUGUUGACCCCAAUACUAUUACAUAUAAUACAUUGAUGGAUGGAUAUUGCUUGCAAGGCAAAAUGGAUGAGGCUAGAAAAGUUUUUAAUUUGAUGAUUACUAAGGGUUGCGUACCUGAUAUUUAUGGUUACAACAUCUUGAUCAAUGGAUGUUGUAAAGAUCAAAAAAUAGAUGAGGCCAUGGCUCUCUUUCACGAAAUGUCUCGAAAUGGAUUAGUACCUGACACUGUUACGUACAAUGCUCUUAUUAAUGGCAUGUGCCAACUAGGUAGACUUUCAGCUGCACGACAACUUUUUGAAGAAAUGAGUGCUUGUGGCCUAGUUCCAGAUGCGAUCACUUACUCUACUUUGUUACAUGGCUUAUGCAAGCAUGGUCAUGUUGAUGAGGCGUUGGACAGUUUUCAUAUCAUCCAGAACAGUGGGAUAGAACCUUAUAUAGUCCACUAUAAUAUCUUAAUCGAUGGCUUAUUUCAAGUUGGGCAACUUAAUUUUGCAAGGAAAUUGUUUUGUGCACUACCAGUCAAAGGUUUACGGCCAGAUGUUUACACUUGUAAUAUCAUGAUCAAAGGACUUUGUAAAGAAGGGCUACUAAAGGAAGCGUAUGAAUUAUUUAGGAAAAUGGAAUUGAAUGGCUGCUUGCAAAAUAGUUGUUCUUACAAUACAAUAAUCAAAGGAUUUUUUCAAAACAACAAUGUGUCAAGGGCAAUGCAAAUUUUACAUGAGAUGGUUGAUAAAGGAUUUUCUGCAGAUUCUUCCACAGCGACAAUGCUACUGGAUCUAUUAUGUAGAGAUGGAGGAGACCAAUCUAUUUUUGAGCUGCUUUGUAGAAACUGCGCAGAUGAUCAAAAUGUCAACAUGAUAUGACUUGUUAUCCAUCAAUCUUUGUUUAUUAAAUUCUAUUCUAAAAGCUUUUGUAUGCUGCAAAGAAUUCAAGUAACCAUAAUUAAGUUUUGUCAUUUGUUUUGGUGUUGUUACUAGGUUGUGGUGGUUUGCAAUUCUCAUUUGCAGAAAAUAUAAAGAGUGGCCCUUCUAUGCCUA